AUGGGAAUUCUGCAAAGUAUCUACAGAUUCUUGGGCAGUAAUGGAGAAGAUGAAGAAAGUUCAGGGGAAGUGUACCCCAUCCUUGAUCAUCACCGGAAGCCCAGUAAUGGAGGUUAUUUUCGCGCAUCAUUGAGUAAUAUUUUUAAGAAUCUACUGCGGAGGAUCUCCAACAUACUUUUAUUGGCAAAGGUAAGAAAACCAGAACCUAUACUUCCAGUAGUAAAUCCUGUAGUAUCAACCAGAAAUAAUGUGCUUUUGCAAAUCCAAGAGAUCUCUUCUCCUAGUUCAGAUUUAUCUUUGGAUUCGAGCCCAGGUGCCACAUAUGUCCCCCCUUCAGAUUUGGAGUGGCAGAGGAAUUACUCAGACAUAGAAAUUGAAUCACAUAUUAACGUUGAUACAUAUUCUCCUCCUUCAGAUUUGGAGUGGCAGAGGAAUUACUCAGACAUAGAAAUUGAAUCACAUGUUAACGUUGAUACAUACUCUCCUCCUUCAGAUUUGGUGUUGCAGAGGGACAACUCAAGUUCAGAAAAUGAAGUGUAUGCUAAUGCUGCAUGGCGUUGCUCUCUUGCCCACAAAAACGCGUUUGACGUAGUGGAUUCUGCUGUUUUAAUUGAAAACGAGACCAAUCAGCUAGGCCAGAAUGACUCUGGAGAUAAAGCUGAGGAAGAAAGGGUGAUAAAGUGUUUGGUGGUAGAAGGGAAAUGGAUAAAGCACUAUAAUAGUUACCACAGGAUACUGCUUGUGGGUGAAGGAGACUUCUCUUUCUCUGCUAGUUUGGCUGUGGCUUUUGGUUCUGUCCCCAACAUGAUUGCAACUUCUCUUGAUUCUGUUGAUUUUCUGAAGAAAAAUUAUAAGCGUGCAAUGUCCAACAUUGGGAAGCUUAGGAGUAGGGAGUGCAUUGUGAUGCAUGGGAUUGACGCUACAAAAGUUGCAAGUCAUCAAUUGCUUGGAGGAAUGACAUUUGAUCGGAUAAUUUACAACUUUCCCUUUGCUGGAUUUUUCAAGGACUUAGCUCGCGAGGCUCAAUUAAGAAAGCACAGAAGACUCGUGAGUUUGUUUCUUAAGAAUGCUAAAGAAAUGAUUGGUGAAAAUGGUGAAAUUCACAUAACCCACAAAAUCAACGAUUUUCAUAUAGAAUGGAAGUUAGAAUCAGUGGCUUCUUCCCACAGGCUUAGGCUCAUUGAGGCUGUGGAAUUCGAUCAGUCUGAUUACAAAGGUUAUAGCACAAAGUGUGGAUUUGGGGGUGACAAUAAUUUCAAUUGUUACCCUAGCAAAACCUACAAGUUUGGUCUUAAAAGGGCAUAA